CGAAUCCCUAUCCCAAAGGUGCUGAGCUGAGCCGACCUGACUGUACACUACAGUAAGAGGUCAAACAGUAGCACCAAUUGAUUUUUUCAACUGGCAAAUCUCGAUCUCUAGUCUUAUUCUACUUUUUUUUCACCCAAAAAUAGCAGUGUUCCUCUUAUCAGAUAGGCCUAGUGGAUCAAAAGGUCGGAAUCAGAUGUUUUCACUAUGGGCAGAACAUCAAUUCUCAUCAUCUCGGCCCUAGUUGCUGGAUUGGCUGUUUUCCACAACUAUCCAGCCCCAGAGCUCUCUCCACAGCUCAAAGAAUGGCAGGACACAGGAAAAUUCUUCAAAUUUAACGGUCACAACAUCUUCUACAAAGAUGAAGGAAGCAAAGAAAAUGAGGACGUCUUGGUCAUUUUUCAUGGUUUUCCAACAUGUGGACGUGACUUUCAUAAGAUUUGGGAUGGUUUGACUACCCAGUUUGGUCGUGUUAUAAUGCCAGAUUUCCUUGGGUACGGCUUCAGUGAUAAACCAGCAGACCAUUAUUACAGUUUGUUUGACAAAGCUGACAUGAUAGAGGCUCUUUUAGCAACGUUGGAUGUUUCCAAGAUUCAUAUCCUGGCUCAUGAUAUGGGUAGUACUGUUGCUCAGGAACUCAUACACAGGCAAAACAAGGUAUCUAAUAUUGGAUCUAGUACCAACAAUAAACUUGAAAUCAUCAGUGUGUGUCUAUCAAAUGGAGGUAUUAUACCAGAGACCAUUCAACAACGGCUGAUGCAAAAGAUUCUUUUGAAGCCAUACUUGGGAGCACUGGCACCAUACUUGAACAAUAGAUUUCUAUUCAAGAAAGGCUUUGGAGAGGUUUUUGGAAAACUGACACAACCUACAGAUGAGGAAUUCUCCAACCACUGGGCAUUGAUCAGACAUAAUGAUGGCAAUCGUAUUCCCCACCUUUUGAUAAACUAUCUACGAGAGAGGUAUAUCAACAGAGAUCGAUGGGUGCAUGCUCUUUCCGAUACUGCUAUCCCAUUGCACAUCAUCUUUGGUCCAUCAGAUCCUGUAAACCCCAAGGAUCCUUUCCUCAGUACUUACAAGAAACUAGUCCCCAACUCCGGUGUGAGUGAGUUAGAGCCUCACAUAAGUCAUUACCCUCAACUAGAAGCUCCCAAGGAAUACCUUCAAGCAUACCUUCAGUUCUUCAAGUCGUUAAAGAAGUCAUAAUGGACAAUCGGUUUGUAUCGCUUGGUCUACAAGGAGAUGGUCUAAUUCUUAGAUAGUCUAACGCCUUCAUGGCUAUUAAACCAACUUGGUCUACCGUCAGAUUGCUCUAAUUACUUUUUGGUCCAAUCAUCACUUGGUCUCAUACUCAAUUGGUCUAAUACUCUUGUGGUCUAACUGGCAUUGAAUCCAAUGCACAGAUGGUCUCAUUGCCACUUUG